AUGCUUGACAAGUAUGAAAUGCGAGAUAAUCAUUGGUUGAAGUUAACAUUUGGGAUCAAGGAAAAAUGGGAUUGGCCAUAUGUUAGAAACGCAUGGGGUGCGGGUAUGAAUAGCACCCAACUUAGUGAAUCCUUUAAUGCAUUCUUGGAGGAUUUCAUUCAGUCUGAUCAUAACUUAAUACAAUUUUUCAUGCAUUUUGAUCGAGUUCUUUGUGAGAAGAGGUACAAAGAGUUACAAGCCGAAUAUGCUCUAUGCCAAAAGUUGCCAAGGGUGAAUAUUAAAGUGAAGAUUAUGGAGCAAGCUACAGAUGUUUACACAAAUAAAAUUCAUGAAGAAUUUCAAGAUGAGUAUGUCAAGUCCCUUGAAGUAAACAUUGAAGAAACUAAAAUUUGUGGUGAGAGUACCAUUUAUACGGUUCUUGAUAGUGAUGGUGCAAAGGUGAGGAAGGUGAGAGUGGAGUGUGAUGAUUCACUCACUUGCAAUUGUAGGGAGUUUGAAAUGAAAGGCAUUUUGUGUAGUCAUUGUUUGAAGAUCCUUAGAGAGACCCUCAAAUUCAAAGAGAUUCCUUCCCAAUAUAUUCUCAAAAGAUGGACUAAAAAAGCAAGAGUUGAAAAUGUGAAAGAUAGGUGUGGGCAUGAUAUUAAGGUUGAUGUAAGAUUGCAUCAAACUUCACGCGUUAGAUCAUUGAUGGCAAUUUUCAGAGCAGUAGCGUGUAGAGCUUCCGAAAGUGAGGAAACACAUAACCUGACGGUAGAGAAAGCGGAUGACUUAAUUGCAAACAUUGAAAGCAUGUUAAUCGCAAAAUUCAAUAUGGCUUUUUCAGAUACUAUUGAACAAGAAAGCCCUCCUGACACAUGCCUUGAAAGCUUUGAAGUGGAUGGUGUAGCGGAUACAAAUGUAGUCCAAGCAAAAGGACUCAAACGAAGAGAGUGCACUAGCAAGGGACGAAGGCAGACAAAAGGUGGUUUGGAGCUUGCAUUGGCAAAGAAAAAUAAAACAAGUUCACAUAAUGCUUCUCAAACUCCCAUGUCUGUUGCUCCUCAACCUAGUUCACAUAAUGCUUCCCAAACUCUCAUGUCUGUUGCUCCUCAACCUCCUCAUUUAUUUUCCGCGAGUGCUCCUGAACCACCUCCCUUGUUUUCGCCGAGUAUUCCUCAAUCAGCUCCUUUAUUUUCAAUAAGUGCUCAUCAACUUCCUCCAUUCUCAACGUGUGUUCCUCAAGUUAAUGCUUCGUCUUCUCAAUUUAUGUAUCUUGCCUAUGAUCCAAGUUUUCUUUGUCACAAUAUGCCUUUUUCAAUGCCAUCGAUGUAUUCCGUCCAUGGAAGUUAUCAAGCCUUGCUUAACAACGCAAGCAGUUAUGACUCGCAAGCCUUGAAUAGUCCUGCAUGUAGUCAAGUACUAUAUGGGCAUGGGCGUGGCCGUGGGCGUGGCUAA